AUGGAGCAGCCAAGAAUCACAGUGGUGUUUUUGAGACCAGAUGGAAAGAAGCCAUGGAGAAAAAGCCAAAGACUACUUGUCCUUUGUGCAAAGUCAAGGUUGACUCAACCAAAGAUGAUCUUGACUGCCCUUGUUCAUCAUGCCAUGGAUCAGGCCUCGCAUAAUCUUUCUCCAUGUAAGGCUAGCCGAAUUCAGUCACUGAAGAUACGAUUUUCAGAUACAAUAUUGAAAGCAAACGAGAUAAUUAAAGGUCCACCUGAUUCUCCACCAAGCAGAAAAUUGAUGCAACGGACUAAGGAAAGGGAAUCGGUUCGCCGUACCAUUUUGAACAUGGAGAAGUCAGUGUAUUUUGAGGACCAUUUAUAG